UAGUAGAUUAAUAGUGCUCUAGAUUUUGGGGAUCCGAAAGCACCUGACAAGUAACCUCAAAGUAGCCAGAACAUAAUUGUAGGGCCCAUUGUAUAAACUCUAAAAUAGCACCCGUUUUCAAACCUUGGAUUUGAGAAACUUGGUUAAAGUUAACGCUCACUUUAAAGUUUAAACCCAUCGAUGGCCGUUAGAGUAGCACCGAUUUCCAUACAAAACAAAUCAGUUAACAGCAAACCCUCAAUUAGCAAUAACUUGACGUGAGAAGAGUAAUUCUAAGGCACAAUUUAUUAACCUCCGGUUAGGUUAACCUCCUAAUUGGAGUUAAAGUAGCGGCGUUCAUGUAAUCAGCGAGGAGAAGCACUUAACCCUCAGGUAGCUAAAUGACGAAGUGAAAUAGGGGAUUAUUAAGACUAAAUAGUUUAAAACAAGGCACUUUGACCUCGCUUGUCGGGUGUUUUGGGGCCGUAACCGUUAGUUGAUACAAACACACACAACCCCCACUCCCCAUUUCCCAGCCAGAAUGAAGAAUACUGCAGAAUAAAGAGAGAGAUUUCCAACAAAAACAAAUGGCCCGGUGAAAACUUUUUUUCUGGGGGAUCAUUACCUGGGCCAAUGGUUACGUUUCCCAGCCACUUAGCCAAAAAGUUGGCUCAAUAAUGGCGCAAUCACAGGUAAUCACAGGAGUAUAAAUACCAAGGGACACUUUGGCUUGGGUCAAAAGUAAACUAGAUCAUGGAGGAACCCAAACUGGACACCCACAGUGCUGUCUACUACCACUGGCGCGUCUGGGAGCUCACUGGGCUGAUGCGUCCCAGGGGGAUUAGCCGAUGGGCCUACCGACUGUACUCCGUAACGAUCAAUCUGGUGGUCACCCUGCUGUUUCCCCUGAGCCUCCUGGCCAGGCUCUUGUUCACCACCAAUCUGGCCGGAAUUUGCGAGAAUCUGACCAUCACCAUCACGGAUAUCGUGGCCAAUUUGAAGUUUGCGAACGUGUAUCUGGUGCGGUCGCAGCUCUACGAGAUUAGGUCGCUCCUGCGCCGGAUGGAUGACCGGGCCAGGCGGGUGGGCGAUCCCGAGGAGCUGGCCGCCCUGCGCAGGGAGGUGGACAUUGCCCAGGGCAGCUUCCGCACCUUCGGCUGGAUUUUUGUCUUCGGCACUACUUUGAGCUGCAUUAGGGUAAUCAUUCGGCCGGAUCGGGAGCUCCUGUACCCGGCCUGGUUCGGCCUGGACUGGAUGCACUCGACCAGGAACUAUGUGCUCAUCAAUAUCUACCAGUUGUUCGGCCUGGCCGUGCAGGCCAUCCAGAACUGUGCGAGUGACUCGUAUCCGCCGGCCUUUCUCUGCCUGCUCACGGGUCACAUGCGUGCUUUGGAGUUAAGGGUGCGUCGGAUUGGGUACAGGGAUGCCAGGGAUAGGGAGCACUUUCCGGGGGACUACGAGGUGUGGCAGGAGCAGAGCUACGAGCAGCUAAUCGAGUGCAUCCGCGACCUGAGGCGGGUCCAUCGGCUGAGGAGGAUCAUCCAGCGCAUCCUGGCGGUGCCCUGCAUGGCCCAGUUCGCCUGCUCCGCCGCCGUCCAGUGCACCGUGGCCAUGCACUUCCUCUACAUGGCCGACGACCACGAUCUCACCGCCAUGAUCAUCUCGAUCGUCUUCUUCACGGCCGUUACUCUCGAGGUCUUUGUCAUCUGCUUCUUUGGGGAUCGGAUGCGGACGCAGAGCGAGGCGCUGUGCGAUGCCUUCUACGCCUGCAACUGGGUGGACCAGCUGCCCAAGUUCAAGCGGGAAUUGCUCUUCACGCUGGCCAGGACCCAGCGUCCUUCGCUCAUCUUCGCCGGGAACUACAUCGCCCUCUCGCUGGAGACCUUCGAGCAGGUCAUGAGGUUCACCUACUCCGCUUUCACGCUUUUGCUGAGGGCCAAGUAAGCCGAGAUGGAUGAUAUAAAGUGUGGGAUGGGACUUACAGAACCCUCGGAAAAUUAUAAUAGGGUCUUAGACUCAAAUGCAGGGACCGAAAAUAACAGUUAUUUUAUUAUUUUUAAUCGAAACCACUAAAAAUUUGAGAAAAAAAUCGUAAAGCCAAUUUAAUAGGCCACAAUUCAUAUUCGCAAUGACCUAAAAAUUUGUAACUUUUUUAAAAUUGGUCAUGAAGUAACUCUUAUAUCAGACUUUUAAAAUACAUGAAUUCUUUAAAACAACGACACCGCGAAUUCUUUAGGGCAAGAGGAACAAAUAUUGACCAUCGUAACAAAAAUUGUUUGUCUAUUUUUUUGCUAACCAAUUGAACGAAUCAUCAACACAAUGAGACCGCGAAUUCUUAAGGGCAAAAGGAAGCAAUGCUUGAUUUAAAGUAAAACUUAUAACUGUUACGGUCCCUGCUCAAAUGUUCAAUAUACUAGAGUGCUAGAAUGAUGUAGAAAUUACAAUACUAUAACUUUAAAAUAAAUAUCUUC